AUGUCUCAUCACAUAAAGACAGGUCAUCUACGUUAUUUUCACAAGGGUUUGCUCUCGAAAAAGUGGAAAGAUUAUUACUUCGUACUUUUUGACGAUUCAACCUUGCAAUGGUUUGAGAAGCAAACUGAUCGCAAACCCGAAGGAGGAAUACGCAUUCGUGAUAUAGCACAAAAUCUUUGCGUCGGACCUUAUACACGAUGUUUACCGAAUCGACCGCCGUUUCCUCGACCAACCGAUGAAGCUAAUUUGAUUGCAUUGCCGCGUUCGACACCUGGACAUCACGAUCAGGAAAUAGUCUGGAUUCUUUGUAACGAUGUUACGCAUCUCAAUGAUUGGAUGAAAGCAAUCGUUUCUACAUUGCCACCACCACCACAACCACCAAUGCCACCGCCGUCGCAACAACAGGGAGAUAAUAUUCGACCAUCAGCACCACCAGCAUCAGGUCCUCCCCCACCAUAUUCUGCGUCGGGUUCUUAUCCUCGUCCACAACAACAGUCGAUGUAUCCCAAUCUACCAGGUAAUCAAUCACAACAACCACAAUACCGUGCACCAUACGGUGGCUCAGGGGCAUCAAGUAGUCAACAGCCUGGUUACAAUCAUACAACAGUCGUCGUACAACCAUCACCAACUUAUGCUGGUUCAGGAGGCGGUUACGGUGGAUAUCGGGGAGGUGGCGGAAGUUCAUUAGCUGGUGUUGGACUUGGUUUAGCUGGUGGAGCAUUACUUGGUGGCGCCCUUGGAUAUGCUUGGGGUGGCGGAUUCGGGGGCCAUGGAGGCUGGGGCUAUGGUAUGGGACCAUCUGGAUAUUAUGGUGGUGGCUAUGGUGGCUGGGGUGGUGGUAACGACACGACCAUUAUAAAUAAUUACUAUGAUAAUGAUACUACCAACAACUACAAUAACGAUACAACAAACAAUGAUUAUACAAAUUAUAACGACAACGAUUAUCAACAGUCGAACAGUUUUGACUAUGAUACAAAUAAUGGUCAGAAUGACAACGACUAUGGAGCUGGAUCGGAUAGUUACGGUGGUGGCGGAGAUUACGGCGGGGGUGAUGAUUUUGGCGGAGGCGAUUAUGGAGGCGAUAAUGAUUAUGGCGGUGGAGAUUUUGGCGGCGGAGAUUUUGGUGGCGGAGAUUUUGGUGGUGGUGGUGACUUCGGUGGAGGCGGCGAUUGGUGA